GAAUAGAGGCCCAGUUCAAAAGGUAAUAGCCAGCCACACCACAACCUCAGAAGACAUAAGUCACAACCUCAUCUUCAUCAUCAUCAACAUCAGCCCUCGACCUCACCCACUGUAACUACCCAAACACAAAAAUGGCGCUUAACCUGACCAACACCUUUCUCCAAGGAACCCCCUGUCUUCCAUCACUCCCACCCAAGAAAGUUUCUGGGGUGUCAAAUUAUCGGGCGGUGGUGACGUGCAGGAAGAAGGACUUACACCCGCAGUUCUAUGAGGACGCGAAGGUGUACUGCAAUGGUGAGCAGGUGAUGACGACGGGUGGUACCCAGAAGGAGUACGUGGUGGAUGUGUGGUCGGGGAACCACCCCUUCUACCUUGGCAGCCGCUCAGCCUCGCUCCUCGACGACGACCAGGUCGAGAAGUUCAGAAAGAAGUUCGGUGAGCUCACGGAGAUUAUGGAGAUCCCUGUCCUCAAGGGUGAGAUUAUUCUUCCGCCUAAACGCAAAUCAGGUGCAAAAGGAAAGAAGAAGUAGAGGCUCAUAUUCCUGGACCCAUCUAGGUAACUAGAGAUUUUGAAAACAGAAAAAUAAAAAAAGAGUUGGGGUUGUUUUUGGUUUAGUGCAUUGUUGCUUGAUUUGUCAACACGUGAUUAUCUGAGCUGUAUGGAAUGUCGACUAUGUAUUUGUUAAUAUGUCUCAGUUCACCAAGAUAGAAUUUGAAACUUAAUUUCUACUUGAAAGUUACCAUUCUUUGUUCAA